GUGUCUUUACCUCUGCCAAUACCACUAUUAGUAGUCGUGUACCUUCUAAUAUAUAAAUCCUAUCACAAUUCACGUCGACGUAUCGUAAGCGAACGCAGUGUUCACCUUGCAACUAACAAAACAUCAAGCUUGAUAGGCCGUGCGAAGCGUACAGCCACGCUAUGGCAAGUCCAGUUGUGGCCCGAAAGAAAGGGCUGUCAAUCAGUGUACACAAGGACAGACCAAUCAGUAGAAGUGAAGAGAUCGCUAACAAGCGACGCACACAGUUAUUGGGAUGUGAAAGCGAUGACUUUGUAGGUUUAUCAUCAGUUUCAUCAUUCACAAAAGCAAAACGGGAUGAAGCGAGCACAUCAUCGCUUGCGGUUGAGCAGCACGACUCAAAAGACAAGCGGAAAAGCUGGAUGUCCAAGUUCAUGACCCCGAACACAAAGCGCAAAUCCGCGGCAAUGGACGAGUGGUUCACUAUCGACGAUACACAGCAGCGGGAGCUUGUAACAGACAGUGCAGCUCUCGCUGAUAGCAGACGGAAAUCAGUUGUGCCGCAGAUGAACGACCGGCAGUACAAUGAAGAAUCGACGUUCACGUACACGGUGACGUAUGUGGGCUAUGGAGAGGUGCCAACGGACUCGAGAGAUAUGAAUAAUGCCUGCCGUAAAGCACUGAGCAGGCUUCGCAAAGAAUCAGACAGCAACGACGACAUUAGUAAAACAGAAGGGAUUGCGGGACUAUCUCCUACACAAGGUCCAACCAGAAACGGUCAAGUGACCGUGCAAGUAUCUCUUAAGGGAGUGAAACUGACAUAUAUACCUGGACCGGAUUCGCCAACAGUUAGUGUCCAAUACCCGCUGUGUCACGUAGCCCUAUCCCUCAUGGAACAGAGCAAGAAAACCGCUGAGCUCAGAAUGGGGAUUGUAUUUUGGGAUGCUCGCGUGAAACGGGAGUAUGUGUUGGUUUUUAAAGGGGAGCACACAGCGGCGUUUAAUGUGGCCUUACGAUGGGCAUUCCAUCUCGCGACGACGAAAUCGAAGGCACAGGCACAGGCACAGACGCAGAAGGAGACAAGUGAAAGCAAAUUGGACACUACCCCAGAGAAUGCCACGAUAGCCAGGGGUGAAGUGUAGAAGCCUGCGAUAUUGGGAUGCGUACAUGAAGUGUAGCGUUAUUGUAUAACAGAUACCAAUAAACUCAAUAAGAGCUGUUGGCAGCCAGAGUGCCAGUGCUUUAUCACGCUUGUAUGACGCAGGUCGCAGAGUCGCAAGCCCCAACAAAGUUCAAAACUCUUUAUUCCGAGAUUCCCAAUUUCAUUUAGCGCGUGACUGUUUGUCUUGUGACUUUAACAAAAGCUAUAGGUCACAGUCACAUAUUGUGCAGAGUUCAGACUGCAGUCGGCUCAACAGUAUUCGAAUUGUA